UCUCUGCGUGGUAGCUCAAUGUCUCCACAGCGACCAAGUGAAGGCCACGGUGAAAUAACCCAGCCGGAGCUUCAAGAUAAGAUUUGAAAUCGUAUGAUUACAUGUAAUUUCAGAUUUCAGAUUGGAGUUAAUCUGAGCAUGGAAGACUAUGCCCUGAUGUUUGGAAUUAAUCCCUUCAUUGCCUUGAUGAUUCAACCCAUCGUGACGAUGACUGUGGUUGACAACCAAGGACUGGGGCUUCCUGUUGACAUUCAGCACAAAGCAAAGCCCUCACCAAAAGCCAGCCAGAUGCUGCCACCUGAUCUUGGACCUCCCAGCUUCCAGAACUUAUUAAGUCCAUCUGAGAAACUAGAGCCUUGGGACCCAGGGAUGAGGAAACUUACCGUACAGACAUGCAGGCUGACCUUCAUUCACCCUGUGGGCCAUGGCCUCUGCCAUCCAACUGCACAGGCUUCAGCCGAAACUCUCUCCAGCACUGCCCUAAACAGACCAAGUGUGAGGGAGGGAGCAUGUAAUGAAAAGUCCACAGAGAACAAGAAGCCACAAGAUUCGGUGCUCUGAAGCCAUUCUAGAUGGUUUCA